AUGUCAGUAAGUAAUGGCGAUAAGGGCAAUCUCGUCGAAACUCGUCGAUUAUCACCCAGCAAUGGUAAUGUGACGGUAAACUUCAUGCAAAGAAGAAAACCGCAGAAAGACCUUCAUUUAGAGAGUGGUGAACAAUUCACCCCCAAAAGUGACCAGAGAUCUGUGUUUGAUACCAGCUUUAAAUGCGCCGCUCAUUGCGAAAACGGACCUUUUGCCCACAACUGUUCGAAGGAUGACUCAGGUACUUCUUCGAUUUCAACAUACGCUUCGAAUGUUGAUCGCACGCAAGAUACGGAAGCCACAUCUGUCUCAGAUGCAGCAUUUUGGCUGCCAAACGCAAAAAGUGAUGUUGUCCCAAUUAUUAAUAAUCAUCCUAAGUUCAAAUCUGCUCAAGUUAAAAAGAACCUUUUCACAAGGAAAACGUCACAGCGUUCUUCAAAAGAAAGCAAAGCGUCCUCUCGAGAUUCCCAUAACUCAAUAAAGAGAACACGCUCUUUAUUUGGAUUAGAUUUAUUUUUCUUCAACAAAAAGGCUAAACCGAAGGCAAAAAUUCUUCCUCAAUCGAAGCCGUUACCUCUGUACGACGAAAUUGUACCUAUUAAAGAAGAAUUCCAAACUUUGUUCGAUGUAACUGAGGAAGUAGACCGCACAAAAAAUGAUAUGCUCGUCGAUUUAGCUGGUACGUUCGAUAACUUACUGUUACAUGCUUACCACGAUGAAAUACCCAAACCGUUGCCGCGCAUUGUCGAUGAUGAACAUUUACCCGAGAAUCAAGUCCAUGAAGAAGAGUCACUCACGUUAGAAGAUAAUUCGUCAAUUAUAGAUAGUGAUAUACUAUCAAACUUCUCUAAACUAGGUAAAAUGAUCUCAAUGAAUCAGCCACCUCCAAGAUCGGAGCGUAGACCGCGGCUGCUCAAUAAAGUUCACUUAAAGUCGUUCUAUUACAAUAGAGGCAAUUCCCGUUCUGACAUAUUCCAGCGGUUAUAUGCAGAACACGAUAAUGUACUAGUUGAUGUCCCCGUUAAUGAAACUGAUAGUGUUCCUGCUUCAUCUCAGAGACACUCUACUAGGAAAACGGUAGAAUUUGCUAAUACCGUCUUUCUCUCUGAGACAUGGUCUCCAGAAGAGUACAACAGGUGUGAUGGUAUGUUCUUUCGAAAUGAAGAGGCAGUAUUUACUGACACGAGAUUUGCCCAGCCUAUCAAACGGGAACUGAACCUGUAUAAGAAAACGGAGAUGACAGUACAUGAAGGCUCAAUGGAGAAUGUUCAAUAUUUUGAGUAA